AUGGCCCAACCUCGACCGGACGGUCCCCUGGUUGGCUCUGAAAGCAAAGGGGUCGAGGCCGCUCCCACCCUGGUUCCGUCUGGGGAGAAGAAAGUGUUGGCGACCAAAGUCUGGGGGACCGUGAAAUGGUUCAAUGUGAGGAACGGUUAUGGUUUCAUCAACCGGGACGACACCAAGGAAGACGUCUUCGUUCACCAGACGGCAAUCAAGAAGAACAACCCCCGCAAGUACCUCCGGAGCGUUGGGGACGGCGAGCCCGUGGAGUUCGACGUGGUGGAAGGAGAGAAGGGGGUGGAGGCGGCCAAUGUCACCGGGCCCGGAGGCGCUCCCGUGCAAGGGAGCAAGUACGCGGCGGACCGCAGUGAGUACCGCCGGGGUCCGCCCCGCAGCAGCGGAGGCCCGCCACCACAGGCUUCCCGCAAGAGCCGCCCCAGCUGCCCGAAAGCCGAAGGCCCCGAGAAGCCGGCCGAUGGGGCCCCGAUGGCCGGGGAGUACGAGCCGUGGAAGAGCUGUGUCCCCCGCCGGCCGUCCUACCCGCUCCACUUCGCCCGACGGUCGCAGUACGUGGCUCUGACCCUGAGACGAGGUCCGGCGGACGGUGCUGACACAGAGCUGGCGGGCGGCGGGGAGCAGAGCCGCGUGGGUCGGCGUGGGGGUUUCCGGGAAGGGAGGCCCCCCCUGCGUGGAGCUGGGCCUGGCCGAUGGGGACCCACUCUGCGCGCCGAGGGCCCGGAGGACGAGAAGGAGAACCACAAGGGCAAAAGGAUCCGGAGCCAGCAGUCGCCCCAGCGCCGUUUCCGCCGCCACUUCAGUUACCAACAUCGCAGGCCCGGCAACCCCAGGCCUUCCGAGGGUCGAGAGGCCAAGGCUAUGCUCAAUGCUGACAUCGGCUCCCAGGCCAAGGACAACAGCCUGGAGAGUGGACACGCAUAG